CACACAUGAAACACUAAAAAAUCUAAAAUAGUUGGGAUGAUGAAUAUUGUUGUAUUAGCAGAUCCUCUUGUAAUAGGAAGAGUGGUGGGAGAUGUAGUUGAUUAUUUCAACACAACUGUGAAAAUGUCUGUCACUUACAACAACACUAAGCAAGUUUACAAUGGUCAUGAGUUUUUUCCUUCUUCUCUUACCAUUAAGCCUAAGGUUCAUAUUCAUGGUGGUGAUAUGAGAUCUUUCUUCACUUUGAUCAUGACAGAUCCAGAUGUCCCUGGCCCUAGUGAUCCAUACUUGAAGGAACACUUACACUGGAUAGUCACAGAUAUACCGGGCACAACAGAUGCUACAUUUGGGAAGGAAGUGAUAAAGUAUGAAAUGCCACGUCCAAACAUAGGAAUACAUAGGUUUGUGUUCAUCCUGUACAAACAAAAGCGAAGACAGACAGUGAUGAAAAUACCAACAUCAAGAGAUCAUUUCAACACUAAGAAAUUUGCAGAAGACAAUGACCUUGGACCUCCUGUCGCUGCUGUUUUUUUCAAUGCUCAAAGAGAAACUGCUGCUAGAAGACGUUGAAAUUUAAAUUAAUUAACCAUAACAAAAAGUGGUGCACUAAUGCAAUAUAAAAUAAAGAUGCCACAAAAUAAGGUUAGGCUAUUAAGCAUGUUUUUUCGGUGGCCACUUUGUUCAAAGUUAGAAGAAUCACUGAAUUUGACCAAAGUUAUGUCUUUUUAUUUAUUUAUUGUGGUUCUUAUAGUUUGAUUGUUGUAGUUUCUAUGUUGUUGUAGUUUGUAAUAGCGUUGUUAAUGGAAAGUGGCAGUAUAUUAAAUAAAAUAAAAGUUACUA